UGCCGUUGUCAUCGCGCCUGUUGCUCGCGGUGCAGUGUUUUCAUCGGCUGCAGCCCGAGCGUUUGCAAGUGCACGAAAGAGACGACGAGUAAGGAGGCGAAAAAAUUGCCAUUGUGCGAUAUCGUGUUCUCGCUGCUUGCGGCGUGCGCGCGCGCCCGUGCCCUGACACGAUGAAAAGUGUCGCAAUUUCCUUGCUAUUUUUGGCAAGCUUCGGCCGGGAGGUUCUCCCUUGCCAAGUGCAGCCGCCCAAGCAAGAUCUCGACUGGUGGAAGACGAGCGUGCUUUAUCAGAUUUAUCCGCGCAGUUUCAAGGACAGUGACGGCAACGGUAUUGGCGAUCUGAAAGGGAUCACGAGCAAGCUCCAGCAUAUCAAGGACAUCGGGGCCGACGCGCUCUGGCUGUCGCCGAUAUUUACAAGCCCUCAAAAAGACAUGGGCUACGACAUCUCCAACUUCACGAACAUCGAUCCGACUUUCGGUACCCUGGCCGAUUUCGACCAACUGAUGGCCACCGCUAAGCGGCUCAAGCUCAAAGUAUUGCUCGAUUUCGUACCGAAUCACAGCUCCGAUGAGCACGAGUGGUUCCAAAAAAGUGUCAAAGGUAUCAAGCCUUACGAUGAUUACUAUAUCUGGAAAAAUGGAAUCAAUGUCAAUGGCGUGAUGCACCCACCGAACAAUUGGCUCUCGGUCUUCGGUGGUUCGGCCUGGACUUGGAACGAGCAACGUCGACAAUAUUAUUAUCACGCUUUUCUCGCGGAACAACCCGACUUGAACUAUCACAAUGCUAAUUUAAAAAAAGAAAUGGAAAAUGUCAUAUCGUUCUGGAUGCAGCGGGGUGUGGACGGAUUCAGGGUUGACGCCGUCAACCACAUGUUCGAGGAUACGCUGCUGCGCGACGAGCCUCCGUCGUCCAACGCAGCUAGUCUGCCCAGCGAUGAUUACGAGUCUUUGAGUCACGUUUACACGCGCGACUUGGAUGGCACGUACGAAGUCGUCGAUUCUUGGCAAAAAUUGAUGGAUAACUACGUGAAAACUCACAGAACCGACGGAAAAUUCAUGAUUCUCGAAGUUUACUCGACGGUCGAAAGGGCCAUGAAGUAUUACACCGUAGGAGCGAAUCCCUUCAACUUCAUGUUCAUUGCUAGCUUGAACAACGGCUCGAAGGCAGUGGACUUCAAAAACACCAUUGACAAUUGGUUGAAAGAAAUACCCACGGGUAAAGUAGCCAACUGGGUCGUUGGAAAUCACGACAAUCAUCGAGCCUCGACCAGAUACGGCGAGUACGGUCGCUCCGACCAGACGACCAUGCUGUGCUCCGUCUUGCCCGGUAUCACGGUCGUCUACAACGGGGACGAGAUCGGCAUGCGCGACAGACCGUUCACUUACCAGGAGACUGUCGAUCCUUCGGGCUGCAACGCAGGUCCGAAUCGAUACCAGGUCAAAUCGAGGGAUCCCGAGAGAACACCCUUCCAGUGGGACGGCACCACAAGUGCCGGUUUUUCCAGUAAUCCCAACACUUGGUUGCCCGUGCACCCCAACUACAAGCAGCUCAAUCUUCAAUUGCAAACGGCACCGCUGCUCGUGUCUCACUACAACGUUUUCAAAAAUCUCACGGCGCUGAAAAAGCAGCCAGUUUUGCAGAAAGGUACGGUGGAGUUGUUGCUGGUGACCGACCAAGUGCUUGCUGUAGUGAGGCGGCUUCAAGGCCAACAGAGCGUAGUUUUGCUAAUCAAUUUCAAUAACGAUCGAGAUUUUAUUUUGGAUCUCACUGAAAGCAUUAAACCUGUUUCUACCGAGCUCAAAGUUUAUACAGCUAGUGUCGAGUCACAAAUCAUACCUGGCACCAUCUUUAAAGCGAACAAUUUACAUAUUCCUAAAGCCGCUUCCCUUAUUUUGCUUUCCAGCAAUUAAUGCCUAUCAUGGCGAACGUAGUUAUAUAAUAAAUUGUAGCUACAAAAAAUGUAGAGGCUAGUUUAUGCUAUGAAAAUUAUUGUGAUUCCAUUUAGUUAGAAUAAUAGCUCAAAUACAAGUAAAUGAUAAACUAAAAUAAAAUAAUUAUAAUUAGCUCAUCGAUUAUGAGAUAAAACUAUUCCUUAGUACUUAAAAAACCAAGAAAAUUGUGAAAAUGUUAUUGGAAUAAAAUAGAUAUCAAUCUUA